UGGUUAAAGCUUGAGCUGCACGGCUGUUUGCGUGAAGCACGUGGUUCACUUUGUUAAUUGACAGACAUUAUUCGCGCGCGCACAAGCCGCAGGUCGCCUUCACAGCGCGCUGUGUUACACGCGCUCAUCGGACCCACAGCACCUUUAAACAGAGGCGAUCACAUUGAUUAUUUUAAGAAGAAAGCGUUUCUGAUCAGCUGGCACAGCCACACUGCGGACUACCUGGAAAAACCGUUGAAGAUUUCACCAUUUUAGAAAGAAUGGCAAACAAUAUCACCUGCCCCUCAAUCGAUGACUUCCGCAACCAAGUCUAUUCCACUGCCUACUCCAUCAUCACCAUUUUUGGCCUGGUGGGUAAUGGCUUCGCACUGGUGGUGCUCAUCCGGACCUACCGCCAAUCCUCAGCCUUCCACGUGUACAUGCUGAACCUGGCAGUGGCGGACUUGCUGUGUGUGUGCACGCUGCCUUUCCGCGUUCUCUACUAUGUACAAAAGGGACACUGGACACUGGGGGACUUUCUGUGCCGCAUCAGCUCGUAUGCGCUCUAUGUCAAUCUCUACUGCAGCAUUUUUUUCAUGAUGGCCAUGAGCUUUACACGUUUCCUGGCCAUCGUAUUCCCUGUGCAGAAUCUGCGUAUGGCCACUGAGCGGCGGGCUCGACUGGUCUGCGCCGGCAUUUGGGUUUUCAUCUGUGCCACCAGCUCUCCAUUCCUGCUCUCUGGCCAGCACAUUGAUAAAAUGACCAACAAAACCAAAUGCUUUGAGCCUCCAGAGGAAUCAGGCAGCCUAAAGAAGCUGGUGGUGCUCAAUUACUUCUCACUGGUGGUGGGUUUCAUAGUGCCCUUCCUAGUAAUCUUGAUUUGUUAUGUUGGCAUUGUGCGGGCACUGCUGGGAAACUCUAAUGCAAUGAAGAGUAAGCAAAACACACGUACCAAGGCCAUCCGCAUGAUUGUGGUUGUCAUGCUGGCCUUCUUGAUAAGCUUCAUGCCCUAUCAUGUGCAACGCACUAUGCACCUCCACUUUAAGAAGCAAGGUGCCUCAUGUGAUGAGAUCAACGCCAUGCAGAAGUCAGUGGUGAUCACGCUGUGCCUAGCUGCUGCCAACUCCUGCUUCGACCCCAUGCUUUACUUCUUUUCAGGUGAGAACUUCCGUCAUAGGCUCUCCACUUUCCGCAAAGCAUCAGUGAGCUCCCUGAGCAUGAAGCGGAACCGCAAUUUGCCAGCGUCUGCCCGUUGUCUACAGCAGAGCGAGCAGGAGAAUUGCAUAAGCUCAAACAAACUGGGAUAAGGAUGAAAAUAACAGUACCGCCAGGAUAGAAGAAUGUGCAAGCAACGCAGCUAGCAUGAUGUGGUUGGAUUUAAUUUGAUUUCAUUUAAGAAUUGGCAUUAACCCUGCCAUUAAGCUUAAUCCUAACCUUUUCAUAUGAGUUCCGUUGUCCAAACUGCUUCCUUAUGGAAUUACAGAGAAUCGUCAAACUGUUACUCUUUAUGGAAACUCAGGUUCAACAGAAAAGGUAGGGUGAUCAGUGAAGGAAGUUCAGUAUUAUUAGAGUUUAAAAAGUUGACAUGUAGUUUCAACAGGUUUAUUGCACUUUCGUUUUCUGGAUAUUAAUUAGCAAGUGAAAGAAAGAUAAAGUCUUAUAAAAAGCUUAGUAAAUGGACUGAUGUACUGUACAGAACAGCAGCUUGCUUACAAAAUAUUGUGUAUACUAAAUUAAUGACGCUGCUUUCAAGAGACAUCUGCUUUUUUUGUUCUAUUAUUAUAUGUUCUUAUUAUUAAUAAUUAUGUGCUAACAUGCUUAUAUUUUAUAAUGUAUCUGUUGUACAUAUGUUAAGGAUUGCGAAUGUUAAUGGAUUGUAUGCGUACUGUGCAAAUGCAGCAAGGUGUUUUAUAUACAAUAUACUCAACAACCCAACAGCCUCAUUCAUACCUAGGGUCAAACCAAAGAUGCCACCUAAGAUGCCAAACAUAAAAAAAAAACGCACAAAAGUUUAACCAAAGCUCAGGAUGUACUCGUCAACCCUGGAGCUGUAAAGCCCUGUUAUCGAAAACCAUUUCUGUUGUAAAUAUAGAGAAAGAGAAAAAAGGAAGGGGUUGGGGUGGUAUGUGGUAACUUUCAGUUUUAGUCUUUUUUGUGUGGUUUUUGAGCUGUAGUUUGGCUAGAGAUUUUGCUGAGACCUGACAACUCUGUUCACAAGGUUAUAUUACUACAGAGGACUGUCAAUAGUGCGUCAUCCUUAAGUUCUGGUGGUAUGAUUGCGACCUCUAGUGGCUAAAACGGUAACUGAAUGAUAUGAUACAUUUGAACGGGACGUUUGGCUACGUCUAAAACCGCGUACAAACUCAUAAAUACAAGGGCAACAGAUUGCUACCACUACAGUGCUUUAUGCGCUAUAGUGCUUUAUUUAUACAUGUUUUCUUGAAUAUAUGCACUAAUCUUCAAUCGAACAGUAUAAUAUGUCAUACUGUUGAGUAAGAGUAGCUGAUAAUAGUUGCUGAUAUAGUUUAUUAUAACGUUGUGCCUUUAAUCAGAAGUUGGGGUGUAUCUGUUGCUUUAAAUAACACAAAUAUUCAGAGAACGUUAUGUACUUUUUCAUUAGUUCAAGACAGCAUAUUUAUGUUUAUUUUUAUCUUUAAUGUCCAUUAAUGAUUAUUAUUAAUGUUGCAGUUCACACUCCAGAAAAUAGUUAACUUGAUCUCAUUUUUGUUUGAUUCGAAAAGUCAAACAAAUAAACAUCAAAACUAAAAGUGCAGUGUUUCUUUAAUUAUUCUAACAUGAUUUGUUUUCUCAUUUUACUGUGCCAUUCGCAAAUCAUGUAGAUUAUGUUUGUGUCUAUUGUACUGUUGCUGUGAGAGAAGGAAAAUAUGAAUACUUCAUUGUGUACGGUACACUGUUAGGCUAUUUCUGACAAUAAAAACUUGAAACAUCAGGCCAAACCAUCUUAAGGAUCCAUCCAUCCAUUUUCUGUACCGUUUAUCCUACUUAGGAUCUUGCAGAGCCUGAAGCCCAUCCCUAAGGAUGCUCUGGACAGGAUGCCAACUCAUCACAGAGCACAACCACACACACACUCAUCAACACACUGCUUUGGGCUGUG